GCUGCUGCAACAGAAUCCACCUCACACGUCUUUGAUGACACAUCACGCAACCGCGCGGUCUCCUCGUCCAAGCAUCCAAGCAAUUGCUGACAAAGCAAUAUCCCAUCUGACAAAAGAGCAUCAUUCGAGCAAACGACAUAACCCUGGCCGGCAUCCCCAAGAAGAGGCGCGAUAUUUGCUGCUUGGACGGGAAAAGAACUCGCGGGGAUCACGGAUCGGAAAAUUUGACGCAUUUCCGAGAGUCCCUUAUCUCCUGGCUGGUUUUCCCUUGGUUCGUUCAAAUUGCUGCUCACUUAAGCAGUGGUAUCGAGGUACUGGGUAAUACAUACCGACCGAAACGUCUCGAUCUGGCUGCUUGCUCUCGUCGUGUUGUCGCGUUCUGAACGUGUUAUUCCCAGCCCCUCGGAUUUUACGGUAUAACAAGAUCCGUAUCCAUUGCCCGCGCUGCACAAGGCCAUCCGUUGCUCCAGAAAGAAACAAAAAAAAGAAGGACAGUCAGCAUUCCAUUGCCAUUGCCGGUCGGCGCAGUGCAUUCAGUGGCUCGAGUUGGUGUGUACAGGUAUUGCUUUUGUACGCUCUGUACGCCACCCCUCGCCUCACCACCACCACCCACCAAACUUCCAUCACCUAAUCAACUCCAUCGAGCUGCACUGCUGAGUCAGGACGGCCACUGUGGCAUCGACCUGUCCAAUGUCUAGCGUCAAGAUCGGUAAGUUACUUUACAUUCAUCGUCGUCAUCUGCUUCGUUUCACCCUUGAGGAAAGAUAUAACCACACACCGGACAACAACACCAUGUCCUGCAACCAAUAUUCAUCAGUCAUUCCGUCGUUGCCUUCUUCUCUGCAGCUCUAGGCACAAGUGCGCCAUGCGCUGCACAGUACAGGUGUCCGCAGAAAUAGGCCGUUUUGCUGUUGCCUGUCAAGUGCUCGCGCUGCACCAUGGUCGUCCCUCGUGUCCCUCAACAAUAGCGGUCGCCGUUACCGUUGCCGACAAGGAUGGUGAUACUUUUGCCGGACAUUUCUGGCGUGGUCAAACACUCUCGGUUAUCAGAACUUCUUGCCGGCGACAUCUCAUUGCCACAUCUUGUCCUGGUGUAUAUACGCUUCCGAGGGCAGGUCCCCUGGCUUGCUUAUCAACCAAAUCCGAUGGCCACCGUCCCAUCCGACAUCUCAGAUCCUCCCCCGCAUCCUCCGUUUCCGUUAGGUUCAUGGUAGUGCCCCGCGGGCCCCUGUCUGUCUGCUCGGUCCGUGGUAACGCGGCGCAUCAAGUGUGCGCUGAGGAUUUUGGUUCACUUCUGGAUACAAGAAGGCCCUUCUUACCGCCGUCGUAUCCCUGCCCCUCCUCACCAUGCACUUCCUUACAUAAUUCUUCCUUCUUCCCUCCAUCCCACGUUGCACCUUGCCUGCAUCUGUCCUGCACCACCCACUUGCAUUUUGUUAUUAUCUGUUGUUGCCGUUGUAAGUUCUCGGUCUCCGGCUUCCCUUGCUGUUGGACGUUGGAUCUCUCUCGGCCUGCUGGUGCUUGUGUUUGCAAGAACGGCGUAUAUCCCCAUCCGGUAGCAUGCCUUGGAUUUAUAAUCUGUCCAACCCAACAUGUCCUACCUUCGCAGGCAAACCAGCAGCGUCCCUUAUAUCUCCGGGCUCCGAGGAUGUUAAUACGGCACCGUUGUCUCUUAUUCAGUCCGAGGUCUUUUUUGACCCUUUCACUCUUUCAGCAUUUCUUUCCCCUCCCCACAUUUGACAAUGUGCGGUUGCUUGGAAAUAUAUUUAUUUUUACCGUUGCACAUUACACAAGAUACCUGAACAGGCUGAGUAUACUGACCUAUUAUAAUUCAUAGAGCCUAUUGCUCGAGAAGAUCCAGUUGUGCCCUCGCCAGUUGCUGCCCCAGUGUUAGCACCACCCCAACACAGCGGUUUACAGCCACCUCAAACUUUCCAAAACCAUUCACACGUACAGCCUGAGGGUCCUGGGGAUAACAGAACCUCACCUGCUACAACAGUGGCCAGCCACCCUCCGCCCCCACAUGGAUAUAGCCACGCACCAUUGCAACAAGGUGAGGCUUACAUCCAUCCAGAGCUACGAUCGGCUCACGAUCUUGCACCUCCUCCUGGCUACGCACACCCGCCUGCCAUGAUCCCCGCCGGUGUGCCCCCUCCACCUGAACAAGUAGCCGUCAUGUCUGGUCCUACUGCCGUCAUUGCUCCAACAGCCGGCAUGAUGGACAAUGGAGAGACGGCCGACGGAAGAAAAAAGCGUGAGCUUUCCCAGUCUAAACGCGCCGCCCAAAACAGAGCCGCACAGCGAGCAUUCCGCCAAAGAAAAGAAGGCUACAUCAAGAAGCUUGAGCAGCAGGUUGCGGAAUUCAACCAGAUGGAGGAGAGCGUCAAGGCGAUGCAGGCCGAGAAUUUUCAGCUGAGGGAGUACAUCAUCCACCUACAGUCGCGGUUGCUAGAGAGUCAAGGGAAUUUCCCGCCGCCGCCGGAGAAUAUCAGUCUUGCUCAUCCUAGCAGUGUUCAGGGGAGAGCUCCUGAGGGUGGUGCUGCGGGUGCGGUUCAACCGCCGCCGGGGGCUGCUCAAGGUCAGCAGCAGCCGGUGCCGGCGCCGAAUCCCCUGGAGGUUGCCGCGCAGGCCGUUGCGGGGUUGAGUAGGACUAGUGAGCAGGGCCAUAGAGGGGGGCAGCAAGUGAAUGAUCCGUACGCCGGGUUGAGGGCUGUGGCGGCGAUGAGGGGGGAGGGGGAAGAUGUUAGCACUACGGAGGAGAUUACGAGGCAGUUGCAAGGGGAGGGGGGGCAGGAAGGGAACCUGCCUGGGGCUGCUAUGUAG